ACUUUCUGUGCUCUGAAAAUGAAACUGUAAUGGCUUGUUGCUAUUGACAUGGCUUUGGUCUGUGCUGUUUGUAUCAUGCUAAUUUGUCAAUUUUUCUGAAACUCUAUUGAUGACUCCAGCUGAAUAGGGUCUUUGUUAACAAGAUUUUACACAGUGUAACAAAACUUUCCUGUUCUGAGUAUAGAUGGGAACUUCCCUUUGAAAAGGUCCAGAGUGAACUGAAAGCUGAUCAGUAUGAUUCCUAGGAACUGAAGCUGCGGCAUUUAAUGCAGGAAACAGACUGCCAAGACAAAGAACAGAUGCAGAAUAUGUGUGCUACAAAUGGGGGAACAGAGCAGUGCUGUGGGGAGCACAGAAGGGGACUGAAGUUGUUCUGCCGGGAGGAUGAGGCCUUUAUUUGUGUUCUGUGUGUUCCCAGACAUUCAUGUCACAGUUUUGUGCUCCUGCAUGAGGCCGUCAGUGUGUAUAAGGAAAAAUUGAAAACAUCAUUGUCAUCCCUGGAACUAAAAGUCAGAGAUCUUAAAGAUUUACAAACCAAGAAUGAGACAGAAUUCCAGGAGAUACAAGAACGUGCUGUUAAUUUGGAAAAAUACAUUGCAGAAGAGUUUGUAAAACUGCACCAGUUUCUCCAUGACAAAGAACAAAAACUCAUUUAUCAACUUAACAGCAAAGCAUCAGAAAUUCUGAAAGAAAGCAAAGAAAAUCUUGAAUGCUUUAAAACUGGCUUUACAGAAAUCCACUCAGCAGCAUCUGAUACUAACUUGGAAAUAAAAAAAGAAGUAGACAUUCUGGAAGAGAGAAAUGACACAGACUAUCUGACAACCACUGAGGAAUCAGUGUCCGGUGACACCUCAAAACAUGGAAAACACAAAGCUAAUGGAGUUCUAUCAGAACAUGCUGUUAAUUUGGAAAAAUACAUUGCAGAAGAGUUUGUAAAACUGCACCAGUUUCUCCAUGGCGAGGAACAAAAACUCAUUUAUCAACUUAACAGCAAAGCAUCAGAAAUUCUGAAAGAGAGAGAAGAAAAAUUUGAAUGGUUUAAAACUGGUGUUACAGAAAUCCACUCAGCAGCAUCUGAUACUAACUUGGAAAUCAAAAAAGAAGUAGACGUUCUGGAAGAGAGAAAUGACACAGACUAUCUAGCAACCACUGAGGAAUCAGGGUUAGGUGACACCUCAGAACAUGGAAAACACAAAGCUAAUGGAGUUCUAUCAGCUCCAGAAUCCUUUGAAGAUGUUGCUGUUACGUUCUCAGCAGAGGAGAUGAAGAUGUUAACAAAACAAGAGAAGGAGCUUCAUAAGGAAGUGAAGUUAGAGAACUAUGAAACCUUAGUUUCAGCAGGUUACAAGAUCCCCCCAGAGGCAUUGUUAGUGCUACUUAAAGAAGAUAAUGCUGAACUGCAAGUGAAUGACAAGAAGGCGAUAAACAGAACAGAACACAAGAAUAAUUUUAAAGAAAAGCCAGACAGUAAGUGAACAGCUUAUUA